GCUCGGCUAAUGGACAAACGGAAUCGAUCCAAACGCUUCCUUCUCUUUCCGCGUGCAGCACCGACAAGACAUCAGUUUAUUGCCGGUCUUGGCAUUCCGGCUGAUCUAAAUUACGAAUCUCUUUCCAUCGGGCACGUGCUGAAGACAGAGUUCUUUCUGCCCUUCAACGAGACCGUAUUCCGUCAAAAUCCAUUUCUGCCGGAAUACAACAAUAAAUUCGUCGAGUUUCGUAAUAUCCUGGAAAAACCCAGUCAGUUGCGUUGGCAAAUUUACGCUUAUAUUGAGCACAUGCUAAGCGGCUAUGGAUAUAAUGGCCAUGAAUGCAUGCUUCAAGCAAUUUGCGAAGCGAAUUCAAUUCAAUUUUCGAAUGAUUUUAGUGUCGUACAUGAGUUGCUGCACUUGAUGCUUAGCCCAUCGACGACGCUAAAUGAGGAUGAUGUGCAAUCUGACGAUUUCCAACUUGCCCAGCAGACGGGCGCCUCAACUGGCAGUUGUGAAUUAUAUGACUGCAACAUGAAGCUGCUUGAUUGGUUUUCAAAAGUGAUGCAAUUGAACUACUAACAAACUGCAUUUAAACAUUUCUAUUGCAUUUAUUUAUUGU